AUUGCAAGAGAUAAUGAUGCUAUCGAAAUCAAUGAACCAACUGGUUUAGAUAUGCACAUCACCGAAGAAGGUUCAAAUUGGUUAUGGGCUGCUUUCUCCUUAUUUACCUUUGUUUCUUUAAUUUAUGCUGCUUUAUACAUCAAAAAUCAUUUCAAAAAGGAUUCACCCAAACCUUUCUUAAUCAUCGCUCCCUUAUUAUCGAGUUUAAUCUUAGCUUACACUUACUUCACAAUGGCUUCAAACUUGGGUUGGACUGAUAUCCAAGCUCAAUUUAAUCACACUACUGUUGAUAACUCCUCAGUUACUCCAGGUAUUAGACAAAUCUUUUACUCGAAAUGGGUUGGUUAUUUCUUAGCUUGGCCAACUGUCUUAUACUCCUUUGAAUUAUUAUCUUAUCCAUCUAUAAAAAGUUUCAAAAAUGUUACUUCUUUAUUAUUUGAAUUGGUGAUGACUCAAAUCUUUGUCCUUUCAUUAUUAAUCUCAUCCUUAAUUAAAUCUUCUUAUAAAUGGGGUUACUUCACUUUUGGUACUUUCUCUUUAUUAUUAGCUAUCUUUACUUUGGCUCAUAGAUUAACCACAAUUCAAAAGCAAAACAAAAACGUCUUGUGUGUUUUCUCAUUCUUGGCUUUAUUAUGGAUUUUAUACCCAGUUGCUUUCGGUCUUUCAGAGGGUGGUAAUGUCAUCGAACCAGAUUCCGAAACCGCCUUUUAUGGUGUCUUAGAUGUUCUUCAAUUUAUUGUUGUUCCAACUAUCUUAUCCUUUAUU